UGCAGGGGGACGCGCUGCCCCGGGAGGCAGGCGGCGCUGGGGACCGCUGGGUGGGGAGGAGACUGGGCGCUCGCCUCCCCGGCAGGACCCGUGAGGCCGAGCGCGCUCGCCUCGGCUGCAGGCGCCCGGAGCAGCGCGGCCGCAUCGGCAGGGCCCGAGCCGUUCGCCCCGCGUGCGCCGGCCGAGCCCAGCGCCGCGCCUCGGCGCCCCCACGCGCCCACGCAGCGGUGCGGGGACCCGGGUGGGGGCAGAGGGAGGGCCCGGCCGAGGGAGGGGAAGGGGCCGGUCUUCCGCGCGCAGGCAGCGGCCGCGGCAGCCCAGGAGGCGGAGGCAGCAGAGGCAGCAGCGCGCCGGCCGCAGUCAGCCCCGCCGCGUCCGACCCGCGCCGCGCCGCGCCGCGCCGCGCCGGGGCGCCCUCUCCUCUGCGCGCGGUACAAGGAAAUGCUAGAACUAGUGAUCUCACCCAGCCUCGCCGUAAACAGCCACUGCCUGGAUACACCCACGGGGAGCACAGCCGUCGCCGCUGCCGCCUCCAGGCGGGCGCCCGGGGACCACGAAGGCCUCACCGGAUCGGCCCCUCCCACCGUGUCCCAGCUCCUGGCAAGGCCUGGCCCACGCGUCCUGCCCAGCCCGGCGCCCCCAGCCAUGGCAGCCUACGGCCAGACGCAGUAUAGUGCGGGCAUCCAGCAGGCUGCCCCCUACGCAGCUUACCCGCCUCCAGCGCAAGCCUACGGGAUCCCCUCUUACAGCAUCAAGACAGAAGACAGCCUGAACCGUUCCCCCAGCCAGAGUGGGUUCCUCAGCUAUGGCUCCAGCUUCAGCACCGCACCCGCUGGACAGAGCCCAUACUCCUACCAGAUGCACGGCACGGCGGGCAUCUAUCAAGGCUCAAAUGGACUGCCCAACGCGGCCGGAUUCGGGAGUGUCCACCAGGACUACCCUUCCUACCCAGGCUUCCCUCAGAGCCAGUACUCCCAGUAUUACAGCUCGUCCUACAACCCUCCCUACGUCCCGGCCAGCGGCAUCUGCCCCUCGCCCCUCUCCUCGUCCACCUACGUCCUCCAGGAGGCAUCUCACAGCGUCGCCAGCCAGAGCUCCGAGUCCCUCGCGGGUGAAUACAACACACACGACGGACCUUCCACGCCAGCCAAAGAAGGGGACACAGACAGGCCGCAUCGGGCCUCCGACGGGAAGCUCCGGGGCCGGUCCAAGAGGGGCAGCGACCCCUCCCCAGCGGGGGACAGCGAGAUAGAGCGUGUGUUCGUGUGGGACUUGGAUGAGACAAUAAUUAUUUUUCACUCCUUACUCACGGGGACUUUUGCAUCCAGAUACGGGAAGGACACCACAGCGUCGGUGCGCAUCGGCCUCAUGAUGGAGGAGAUGAUCUUCAACUUGGCGGACACGCACCUGUUCUUCAACGACCUGGAGGACUGUGACCAGAUCCACGUUGACGACGUCUCCUCAGAUGACAAUGGCCAAGAUUUAAGCACCUACAACUUCUCCACCGAUGGCUUCCACAGCUCGGCCCCAGGAGCCAACCUGUGCCUGGGCUCGGGCGUGCACGGCGGCGUGGACUGGAUGAGGAAGCUGGCCUUCCGCUACCGGCGGGUGAAGGAGAUGUACAACACCUACAAGGACAACGUGGGCGGCUUGAUAGGCGCGCCCAAGAGAGAGACGUGGCUGCGUCUGAGAGCCGAGCUGGAAGCGCUGACGGACCUCUGGCUGACCCACUCCCUCCAGGCCCUCACCCUCAUCCAGUCCCGGCCCAACUGUGUCAAUGUGCUGGUCACCACCACGCAGCUCAUCCCGGCGCUGGCCAAGGUCCUGCUGUACGGGCUGGGCUCCGUGUUUCCCAUCGAGAACAUCUACAGUGCAACCAAGACAGGGAAGGAGAGCUGCUUCGAGAGAAUCAUGCAGAGGUUCGGGAGGAAAGCUGUCUACAUCGUCAUCGGCGACGGGGUGGAGGAGGAGCAAGGCGCGAAAAAGCACAACAUGCCCUUCUGGCGGAUAUCCUGCCACGCCGACCUGGAGGCACUACGGCACGCCCUGGAGCUGGAGUACUUAUAGCGGCUCGGCCGCCCAGGCCUCCCGCGAGAGCGCCGAGCCCCCGGGGGAGGACGCGUGCAGAGUCAUCUCCGAAGCCGGCGUCCCCACACGCCCAGUACCCGACACUGGCCUUGGAAUCGCUGACUUUGGGCAAAGGGCUGGCUCCAAGUCCAGACUUUUCUACCAGUCUCAGAGAACAAAAGCAAGGAAUGGCUGAUGGGGUGGGGGUGGGGGGCGCGGUGAGGACGAGGGGACAGGUGUUUUUUUUUUUUUUCUUUUUAAUUUAUGGACUAACCUGCUACUCGGUAUUACGCUCUUGUGCCUGUGUUGCUGGUUGCCCUAGUCGUCGGUUCGGUGUUUGUUUUCUGGGCUGGCGUGGGGCUGGGUCACAGCGUAAGCGUCUCUGAGCGUUGCUGAGGGAGGCCAUUUGGGGCUGUCGGGAGGACCAUUGCUUCUUCUCGUCCUAGGGCAGUGCACCUGCCUAUGCCGCCGUCUUAGUUGCUGGGAAGGAAGCGGUCCCUUGGGAUGGAUAAAAGGCGUUCAAUAAAACCACGUUUACAUUC